CAAUAUUGAGAUAACACAAGAGUUUCAUUUCUCAGGAAAGCUCACCCAAAAUAGACACAGAAGAAGAACCUACCAUUUCGUGAAGCCUACCCGCCUCUGCUCUUCAUCUCCUUCCUUCCAUCAACCGAUUCUUGCUGAAUCAGCUGGGGACAAGGGCAACGGCAUGAUCGGGGAUUGGAAUUGGUUUUGUAGGUAAGGGAUUGGAGGUUGCGGUAGGUGGUGUUGGCUUUGAGAGAAGAGUAGAUAAUUUGAUACUUUGCCUCGCCCAGGUUGUGUGAUCACAGAGAAAACAUAUUCUUGGACAUUCAAUUAAUUGAAUGUGGUACAAUUUGAGAAGUUCUCAUCACAUUGUGAAUUUGUCAAUUUGAGCCAUGUUGUGGGUCGACAAAUACCGUCCUAAAACCCUAGACCACGCUUUGGUUCACGAAGAUGUUGCCCAAAACCUCAAGAAGCUUGUUACUGAGCAGGAUUGCCCGCAUUUGCUCUUCUAUGGCCCAUCUGGGUCGGGCAAAAAAACCCUAAUCAUGGCCCUCAUCCGUCAGAUGUUUGGAGCAAGUGCUGAGAAGGUGAAGGUUGAAAAUAGAACAUGGAAAGUUGAUGCUGGAAGUAGAACUAUUGAUUUAGAGCUGACAACAUUGUCAAGUACCAACCAUGUGGAAUUGAACCCUAGUGAUGCAGGAUUUCAGGACAGAUAUAUAGUUCAAGAGAUAAUUAAAGAGAUGGCUAAGAAUAGACCAAUUGACACAAAGGGGAGAAAAGGAUACAAAGUUUUGGUGCUUAAUGAAGUUGAUAAACUUUCAAGAGAAGCACAGAAUUCUCUUAGAAGAACAAUGGAGAAGUAUAGUGCCUAUUGUCGACUAAUUUUAUGCUGUAACAGCUCUUCAAAAGUUAGUGAAGCCAUCAGGUCUCGCUGUCUGAAUGUGAGAAUCAAUGCACCAUCAGAAGAACAGAUUGUUAAGGUACUUGAGUUCAUUGGUAAAAAAGAAGGCCUGCACAUUCCAUCUGGAUUUGCUGCUCGUUUAGCUGAAAAAUCGAAUCGAAGUUUAAGGAGAGCCAUAUUGUCAUUUGAAACUUGCCGUGUUCAACAAUAUCCUUUCACAAGUAACCAAACAAUACCACCAAUGGAUUGGGAGGAAUAUAUUUCUGAAAUUGCAUCUGACAUAAUGAAAGAGCAAAGCCCGAAAAGGCUUUAUCAGGUUCGGCUUAAAAUCUAUGAGCUACUUGUCAAUUGUAUACCUCCGGAGAUCAUCUUGAAGGUAAAUGCUUUCCAUUUUAUUGCUCACUACAAAUUUUCAUCCUUUUUUAUUCAACUUUUGGUGUUGCAUCAGAGGCUGCUUUACGAGUUACUGAGGAAAUUAGACGCAGAAUUGAAGCACGAGGUUUGCCACUGGGCGGCAUAUUAUGAACACAGGAUGCGACUUGGACAAAAAGCUAUAUUUCACAUUGAAGCGUUUGUGGCCAAGUUCAUGAGCAUUUACAAGUCUUUUCUUAUUGCAACAUUUGGCUGAGUAACAGAAUGUGGAAGUGUGUUGGAAAUUUUUGUAACAGUUUUAGGUGAUUCCAUCGUCCUAGACUUGACUUUGCACAUUGGGGGUGCUAGAUGGAAACUAGGUCAUCAUGAGUACUCUUGUUUUAUAUAAAUGUGAAAAGGGAUGUGUAAAACCUAUUUUUGAUUAGGAAAAAUCUGAAAAUGUAUUAAGCUUUCAGUUUUGGAAGCCUGAAUUCAAUGGGUAGACUCAAGUGUCAUACAUUAUGGAGGAAUUAUAUUCACAAGCCAUUAAAAAAAUUGAAUAUGCUCUCUUAAAAAGCAA